AUGAGCUCACUGGUUCUACUGCUGGCCACCCUGGGGCUCCUGGUUCAGGGUUCAUCAGGACAAAUCGCUGUGACUCAGUCUCCUGAAUCUCAGUCUGUUGUUCCAGGACAGACUGUCUCCAUCAGAUGUAAAACCAGUUCAGGUGUUUACAGCAAUCUCCACUGGUACCUUCAGAAACCUGGAGAAGCUCCUAAACUCCUGAUUUAUUAUGCUACAAGCCGUCAGUCUGGAGUUCCAGGUCGUUUCAGUGGAAGUGGAUCUAGGACUGACUUCACUCUGACCAUCAGUGGAGUUCAGGCUGAAGAUUCAGGAGUUUACUACUGUCAGCAGAGUCAAAGCUUCCCGUUCACACAAGUCCAGCCUGAUAGGAAGCCCUUGUUGGCCAGACACAUGAGCGUGGCCUUCCCCUGCUGCAGCUCCUUCCUGGAGGGGGGCAGCACCGUCAGGAUGAGCUCACUGGUUCUACUGCUGGCCACCCUGGGGCUCCUGGUUCAGGGUUCAUCAGGACAAAUCACCGUGACUCAGUCUCCUGAAUCUCAGUCUGUUGUUCCAGGACAGACUGUCUCCAUCAGAUGCAAAACCAGCUCAAGUGUUAGUAACUAUCUCCACUGGUACCUUCAGAAGCCUGGAGAAGCUCCUAAACUCCUGAUUUAUUAUGCUACAAGCCGUCAGUCUGGAGUUCCAGGUCGUUUCAGUGGAAGUGGAUCUGGGACUGACUUCACUCUGACCAUCAGUGGAGUUCAGGCUGAAGAUUCAGGAGUUUACUACUGUCAGCAGGGAUACAGCUCGUUCACACAGUGAUACAACGUCGUACAAAAACCUCCCUCAGCUGGAGAGGAACUGAUCUGAAUCAACAGCUGCAAACUAAAAACUGAAGGCUUUACUAAAAAUAAAUAGCUAAUAAUAAUUCACUUUGAAUAUUUGAACAUUAAAUACACUGUACAUAACAAAAAGUUAUAUUUUUAAUGUAUUCACUCAAACAGGGUUUGAAACAUCUUGUUGCACAUUGAAGCAGCAGGAUGAUACUGAUGAAACUCUUAAAGUAUGAUUUCACUUCUUUGAAAAGUUAAUUCGAUGCAGUGUGCUGACAAAUGAACACUAAGCUUGUUGACAUUAGUUUAAUGACUUACCGUCUGUUAUAGAAACUCAAACAUUCAUAAAUUAUAGCAUAAAUUUAUAUCUCAACGAUAUUUCAACUUUGUUGCAAAAAUACGAAUCAUCUCUCAAACAUGUUUUAUUCAUUUUAUUUCAGUUCAGCAAAACUGUAUUUCAUGACUGAGACCAAUGAUUUAUGAAGUGUGGAAUUCA